ACCACCACCAACGUGAGGCGGCCAUAGGCUUCACUUUGGCAGAUUUCUAUAUUGUGGUGUGUAUAUGUUUUUUAAAACACUCUUUUUGAAAGCUUCAAAAAGUGUUCUAUACGUACACCACGCGCGUCGCAAAGGGGUUUUAGUAGCUUUUUGCAUUGCCCUCUGUUGCUUCGAGGUCCGGGGCAUCGUCGUGAGAGGUUAGGUGUUCGUAAGGGGUUAUUAUUAUAUGCCGAGUUUAGUUUUGUUGAAUAACAAUAAGCGACGCUAACACAGAGUCGACUGUGGAUGCAGUGUUUGUUGGGCAACCGCACUCAUCGGAGGUGAUUAAGUUAAUGCGCACCAAACGCAACCAUUUUCCAUCACGAAGCAACGCCGAAACGCGAAACUUUGCGAGCGUGGCCUGCGACCGAUGGCGUAACCUUGGACUCAGAAGCUGGCGCACCGCUGAGCUGAGCCACAUCUGGGCUCGGAGGCGAGAAGUUUGGCCAUCAAUCAUCCUGUCCCCGGACGCGUAUCGGAGAGCCUCCCUCUCUCACUAUGAGCACCCAGGAGGUGAUGGUGGCUGCCCUGAGGGCAUGUCUGCAGGAGUUGGGGGCAUUGCGAGACGGAGAUGCCACUGUCCCCGUGGGGGCGGCGCUACCUCACGGCAGCGACGAGCCCUUGUCCGAGGAGCUGGUGGCGCUGCUGCAAGACGCUCGGGACAUGAAGUGGCCCUUCGUGCCCGAGCGCUGGCAGUACGUGAACCCAGCGCGGCACGAGGACACGCGAGACCUCAAGGACAUCCUGGCCGGGCAGCUGCCGCAGCUGCUGGGAGCGUUGUGGCGCGCCGUGGCCGAGGACGAUACGCUGGGCGCGGCGUGCGCCUGCCUGGCGCUCGACCGCUCCGCGUACUGGGCGGACGCAUCGGGGCCCCUCCUGCGGGUGGUGCGAGCCCUGCACCGACGGUCGCCCGACACGCCACUCGCCCCGCAGAUUGUCAUCCGCCAGGCGCGCGUCUACGUCAACGACGGUCAGCUUCGAAAAGCCGAAUACAUGUUAAACAACCUUAUUGAGAACAACGGGCAAACAGGGACCUGGGUUUACCACAGCGACCAGGACAGGAUUCUGGUGCAGUCGGUGUGCAUUCAGAUCCGAGGACAGAUCUUCCAGAAGCUCGGAAUGUGGUUGGAGGCAGCAGAUCUGUUCCUCCUGUCCAUUGUGGGAUUUCAGAACUUAGACAUCGCUGACAAAAAGGGGAUAUCCUCAUCGCUGGGGCUGUUGGCCGAAGUUUUGGUUUCCAUGAGCGACUCUGACUACGAGCAGUUGAAGGCAAACACCAAAAAUGUUCCGGCUUCCGUGUGGAAGCAACCGCAUCGGUUACUGGCGGCGGCCGAAGCGGCAAAGCUGUCGGCCGUGUUUGUGGAAUACGUGGCCGGGCUGGUGCUGCUCAACAUGAACCGCUGCGGCACCUGCCUGCUCUCCUACAGCCAGCUCCCGCGCGUGCCCGACGACGCUCGGCGAGCCCGCGCCUCCGCCGCCGCCGCCGCCUUUGAAGUGUGCCUCCUGACGCGCCGGGGCAGGGGGGCGGUCACGGGCCGAACGCCGCUGCACGCCUUUAUUUACGCCGCGUUUAACCUCUCCGUGGCGCGCCGCCUCGCCCGCCCGCCCGGCCUCCCCGCGGGGGGCCGGGUCAGCGCGGGGUUAAGCGCCCACGCGUGCGCGCGGCUCCUGCGCUUGCUGGGCACGGCCGAGGCUGCCGCGCGCCCGGGGAGACGGGGCCCGGCCGCCGCCAGCGCGGCAGCGGCGGAGGAAGAGAUCGACCGGGCGGUUCUGGAGCUGCUGGAAGAGGCGGACGCCGGGAGCGAGAACCGCACGGAGGAUCCCGAUUCCUUCGUGCCCGAUCGCUACAAGGACGCGGAGGCCUACGAGGCCCUCGGGAGGACGGAGGAGUUCGCCGCGGCCUUGCGAGCGAAGGCCUCCUCCCUGUUCCGGACGCUGGAGCAGGGCGAGGAUUUCCGCAGGCCGAGCGACUCGCGAGACGGCGGCGCGGCGGCGGCUCUGUGCAUCACGACGGCGACGACGGAGGCGUGCGCGACGGGCGACCAGGACGCGCGGGGGUGCGCGAAAAAGCCCAUCGCGUCGCUCGUGGGAUACGCGGCGCGCGACGCCCGGUCCGGCAGCGACGGCGGGAGCAGCGGACGGUCGUCGCGCGGUGAGGGCGUCUCCGGCGCCAGCAAGUCGCGGAGCCAGAGCUCCACCGGAUCCUGGGGGGUGGUGCAAAAGUCCGGGAAGCAGUGGAGCCUCGAGUCGCUUCCCGAGCACCGGCCGGCGGCACCCUCACUCGCUGCCAGCGACAGCAGCGGCUCGUUUGUGUUUGUCGAGAAGGGCGGCGGAGACGCCGGCGGCGAUGCCGGUGCCGGGAAGCCGUCGGCGGCGGCGGUGAAGGAAGCGACGGAGAUGGUGGGGGGCCUUCGCGUGUCUCCGGAAGGCUGGGCGUCCUCCGCUGAGGUCGUCGACGCUGCGCUUGCCACGGCUGGCUCGGAGGAGCCGGGACAUGCGUCGGUCGAAGCCGCGGGGCGUGACCGCCGCGAGAUGGCCGCGCCGGACCCGGACGGCACCGUGGACCCCGACCUGGCCACGGAAGACGUCUUCGUUGUCGACGUGUUGGCUCGCGACGGAGCGGGGCGACGGGCUCCACCGAAGUCCGCCGCCGCGGCCGCCACCGUCGACGCCGAAGCCCCCACGGCGGACGACGGAGAUCCGGUCGCCGCGCCGCGACCCCAGCGAGGCUCCGCGCCCGGUGAGCUGGGGGGCCGGGGGUCGAGCGCGAGGGACGUCGACCCGCCGACGGAGGAUGUGCCGAGCACCGCGGACGGCAAUCGCCGUCUCCCGCCCUCUCCGCCGUCUCCCGCCUCGUCGGAGAGGAGCGGCUCGUUCGACCUGCUGGAUUUGGACGCAGAGACGAACGAAGGCGACGGUUCGAACCUCCCGCCGCCGCCGCCGUUGACUCGCGGCCGCCCGGCGGCCCUCGCCGGCGGGGCGUCCGCGCCGGACGACGAGCCGCCCCCGGGCGCUGCCACGGACGUCGACGUGGACCUCCCGACGGCAGAAGACGAAGCGGUCGCGCCGAGGGGAGCGGAAGCCCGGCGCCGCGCGUCGCCGGCCGCGUCUCCCGACAGUGGCUCGUCGUUCGAGGUGGCGACGAGCGACGCGACUACCGACCCGCCGACGGAGGGGCCCGGUGGCCGCGGCGGCGGCGGCUCUGCCGAGCCAUCGAGCGGCUCCUUCGAAGGGUUUCCCCCGGGGGACGCUCCGAGCGCAGCCAACGCGGUCGACUCCACCGCGAGGAGAGCCGCGUUCAGAGCGUCGAGGACGUUCCACGACAAGCCGGGGCGCUCCGGGAGCUCCGGGAGUUCCGGGAGCUCGUUCGAGACGGUCGACUACUCCUUCGUCGACGACGGUCAAGGCCGGUCGAUGCUGCCCGAGGAGGCGGUCAGGGCGGAGGGCGAGCUGUCGCCCAUGGACAUGACCACGGCCGAGCUGAAGAAGAUGCUGGAAGGGAAAGGCCCGAUGCCUCUGGUCGAGGAGAACACGGUUCAUCUGGCGAUGGUGCUGACGUACAACCGGUCGGCGGACCGCUGGGCGGGCCACCACACCCUGCUGCACAUCGGGGCCCGGCUGCAGCUGACUGCCAACGUCCGAGGGCAGCAGCGCGAUGCAUUCUGGGUACAGUACCUUCACCAGGAGCAGGCCUUGGCCCGCUACGUGGGGAAGUGCUACAAGCGCGAGCGGGAGGCGCGCUACUACGUGGACAACGUGGUGCGGCAGGCGACGGCGCAGCACUACGUCACCGAGUUCAAUCAGCGGCUCUUCAAGAAGAAACACCCCACCCAAAUCUACUACAUGCCCGCCACCCUGCUGCUGAUGUUGGAUGACGGCGGACGCGUGCGAGCCUGCAUGAACGCGGAACCCUACAUGGAAGGAUCUUUCGCCAAAAUAACAAACAACUCUGAGGUGUACAAGAGAAACGUCCCCGCGGCACCGUACGCCAUCGCCUUCAGCCACUUCACCUACGACCUGUCCAAGGGAUCGGAGAUCAUCGUUGACCUGCAGGGCUGGACCACGAUGGAUGGCACGGGUCUCAUGUAUCUGACCGAUCCUCUCGUCCACUCUUGGUUCAAAGAUCUGAAUGAUUCGGUGGACUAUGGCCAGAGAGGGUUCCACAAAUUCUGGGACAAGCAGCACGCAGAGUGCAACCACAUCUGUCACGACCUGGACUUAAAGAGACCCCCGCCAGGGCAAUACACCAUGAACUCGUGAACGAAAUUUACCGGACAUAUUGCAACGAUGUGUCACAAAUUUUCGCGAAUCUUCGUGGAGAUUUUAUUCAAGCGUCGAUCUGGGUUUUCUUUCUUUUUUGUCUCUGCUCUGGCGGUGAAUGCAGGGACCAUAGUGGCUGCAGGGUUUACUUUAGACCAGUUUACGUAAGCCAGCUACGUAAAAUAUAACAUCGCGUAUCCGCCGUGAACCAAUUCACCUCCCGCGCCCAGUGCAGUAUCUGUGCACUUUGGUGUACCCGUCAUUUUCUCUAGAUCUUCAUAUAUCCGGCCGUGUCACACGCGGUUAACGUGGCAUCCUCAACCACGCGUAUAUCCACUCGGCUCCAAUGCACAGUGAAGCAUCUUCCCACGUUUGGAGCGGUUUGCACUUCGUCCAGUCACCUGGUUACACGUGGCGUGUAACUGUCAUUUCGUAAAGAUGUUGACAUGUCCGACUUAUUUCACAUGCUCGUCUGCAUGUAUGCAUGUUUAACUCCAUUCGCACCGUACGUAGCCAAACGUGCUAAUCGGUAGGUUUGGGGGAAAGAUAACAAACACGAAAAAGCAGUUUCCGAAGAAAUUAGUUUUCGAUCUAUAUUUAAAAGUGCAUAGCUCCGGUGGCUUCCGAAUAUCAGAAGAGCGUUCCAGACGGCCGCAGAAGCGCACCUGAAAGCGCGCGAUGCCAGUGACCAUCUUUGUUCGAUGGCGAGCCAAGGAUGACCGCCGGAGUUCGCACGAUGAUGGUUUCUGCUCCUUGACGAGAUCAGCAAGGUGUCAUGGUUCAUUUGUUUGUGCAACCUCAUAACCCAUAACUCAGUUCCCCGCGGGUCGGAUAUGUGACGUAUUGGACUGCACAGACGGGGUAACGUGUUCCAUGAGAUGAGUGUGUGCGAGUACCUUGGACUAAGGGGCAAUAUUCAUUAUAAUGCUUUCAUUUUACAUAGCGUCAUCCAUGCCAACAGCAUCCCAAAACGCUGGACGUUAAUUAUUUUUAAGGGCCAAAUCCCAUGUACGUCGUAGACUUUGUACGGCGCGAAAGAA